UUUAUAAAUCAUCAACGUGCACGUCUACCUGAUUGAUUGCCUGGUGCGCAUCAAGCAGUGCCAUCAUGAGCGUCUCGAGUCCUGCAAAGUCUCUUCUAUCAAAGUCAAAUGCCUUCCUACGAUCGUCCCCGAGCGACCUCCGACUCUUUCACACUUCUUCCGCCGUCUGCGCCCGACGCCGUCCACGAUAUGCCAGUAUCAGAGCCGAUGACAUUCAAACUAUGCAGGAUCUGCAGAGAAAGCUAGUACAUUUCUCAGAACUAGACCAGAGUACCAAGAGGAGGCUCCGGAAACAUAAUAUGUCGGCGUCGAACUUUUCGCCCACAGAAGACCAACUCACCACGCUCAAUAAAGCAGCCGCUCAAAUUAAUAAUCGAUAUGGGAAGGAGCAUAAGGAAGCGCUGAAACUAGCCUACACACCUGCACAAGUGGCUGCUAUUCGCGCUGCGGAACACUCGAUUGAUGACAGGGACUUCCUCACACAAGGAAAGAUCAGGCGCGACGGCGCCCGGAUUAAGUACAAUGAUGAUGACUUUUCCAAAAUCGACUAUUUAUACGACAAGCAACAGAAAGACACCACAGCCUGGCCACUCAAACAGGGCGAGGAUAUCAACUUAAAAACUGAAGAUCAGCUAUAUGCAAAGCUUGCCGAAUUCAUACAGUCGUCAGGGAAGAAAUACGUCAACACCGGGAAAUGGCAAGCGAGCGAAGAUACAGAAGAUCGAGCAGAGGAAGGUUGGUUAGAAGAAAUGGAAGUAGACUGGGAAAAGUUUGCAACGAAUCCACGUACCCUCUUCAAUGCGCCUAAUGAGGAAACUUAUAAGCUCCUCGAACAACAGCAGCUAAAAGCAACGGCUGCAGAGCUACCACGUCUCUCGGACAGAAUCUCGAGAAACACUGCGACCGAUAUAGCUGAUGAAGAAGAUCCCUCCAUGACGAGGUCGAUGCUGCGCACUGGCCUGUCUGCUGAUGACUUGAGAAAGAUCUAUACCAAAGUCCUUGUUCGAAGACAUGUUGUUAACCAGACUCGAAUGGGCAAGAUAGGAUCUUCAUCCAUGUUUGCAGUUGCUGGUAAUCGCAAUGGUAUGAUUGGUAUCGGUCAUGGAAAGUCGACAGAACCCACCGAAGCAGCUGCGCAGGCAAGGGCGCGAGCGAUCAGAAACAUGAAGCCGAUUCUUCGUUAUGAGAAUAGGACUAUUUAUGGCGAGGUUUUUGCCAAAGUUGGUGCGACUGAGGUUACCUUGACUGCGAAGCAUCCAGGAUUCGGCAACCGUGCCAUGCACAUUAUCUUCGAAAUCUGCAAGAUGGCUGGUAUUCAGGACAUCAGAGCAUCCGUUCCGCGGUCACGAAACCCUAUGAACAUCGUUAAGGCGACCUUCGAGGCUCUGCACAAACAAAAGCUACCCGAAGAUAUCGCCAGAGGAAGAGGGCGAAAGCUGGUGGAUGUGCGCAAGGUAUACUAUGGGGGCAAGACUCUAUGA